AUGGCCGCCGCUCCCAUCAUCUCCCUCCCGCAGGGUCUCGCAGGGGUGCGGAAGUGCAUCUUGUGGCCCGUGGGGGCUUCGUUCUCCAAUGCCUCCUUCCCCCUCCGGCGCAGGUCUCUCAGUCUGCGGGCGGCGGUGAGCACUUCGGUCCCUUCGUCUUCCGCCCCAGUGGAAGUGAGUAAAUCGUCGUUCAAGCACUGCUUCACCACCGGCGCGGACGGAUUCCUCUACUGUGAGGGGGUUCGAGUGGAGGACGUGAUGGAAGCUGUGGAGAAGCGGCCGUUCUACCUCUACAGCAAGGCGCAGAUCACCCGCAACGUGGAGGCCUACAAGGAGGCCCUGGAGGGGCUGAACUCUAUUAUCGGCUAUGCAAUUAAGGCCAACAACAAUCUCAAGAUAUUGGAGCACCUGCGGAAGCUGGGCUGCGGGGCUGUGCUCGUCAGUGGGAAUGAGCUGAGGCUAGCACUGCAUGCUGGAUUCGAUCCAACCAAGUAAGAGACAGUAAACCCAUCUGCUUCAACCCAACUUUAAAGAAUUCGCGUUGGAUACAGCCACCUGAAUGUGGAAGGCCGUGAUUUUGCAGUACAACAUAAGAUAAAAAAAGAUAAGGGCAAGGAAUUCAAACCCGAUCCAUCUUAAUCCGUCGGACGAAGUCUAUGGGGUCUAUGGAUUUUUCGAAGGCCGUGCUAAACAGGAAGAAUCUGCCUCCUUUGCAUUUUCCUAAAAAAAAUAAAUGUUGAAGUUUUUUUUGGAUUAUAUAUUCCAUCUUGUGUAUUGCGAUGAUUCUAUUAUUUGAUGUUCAAUGAAUUGUAUUUAAUAUAUUUAAUUAAAAAAUUUAUUUUAUUUAAACAAGAAGGUCAGGUGAUUGGCCGUGAAUCUCUUAUUAAACUCCAUAUACUCGUUUGGAAGAUCAGGUGCAUCUUUAAUGGGAAUGGAAAGCUCCUGGAGGACCUGGUGUUGGCUGCUGAAGCGGGCGUUUUUGUGAAUGUGGAUAGUGAGUUUGACUUGGAGAACAUUGUGACUGCAGCGAGGCUCGCAGGAAAGAAGGUCAGAGUGUUGCUUAGGAUCAAUCCCGAUGUUGAUCCCCAGGUUUGUAUAGACUACUCGAUCUAGAAUAUCAAGCUGUGGAGAUAUUUUUCAACACUAUAGAUGAUGAUAUUAGUGGAUAUUGGUGUCAAAAUUGCCUUUUUUUUCCUGGCCACCACUGAUUUUUCUUUGGUAUUUCUAUUAAGGUGCAUCCUUAUGUCGCUACUGGGAACAAGAAUUCUAAAUUUGGUAUCAGAAAUGAGAAGCUGCAGUGGUUUCUGGAUGCUGUCAAGUCACAACCUGAUGAACUGCAGCUGGUGGGAGUGCAUUGCCAUCUUGGCUCUACAAUUACCAAGGUAAUUAUUUUCACUGGUAUUGGUGGCCAUUGAAUAUGCCAUGGAUAGACACAUAACAAAGUUAAUUCAGGCAACGAGUUGAAAAUAUCUUACACGUCAGGUAGAGAGGAAGAAAUUGAGCAUUUAAAUAUUAAAGGCUUAAGUAUCGUGUUUUCUACUAAAAGAAAAGGAGGCUUGUCUAUUGAAGAUUACAUUCCGUGGUUAUAUGAGUGAUAGAAAUUCAAGGGAGAAGCAGCUUAUACAGUGGAGCUUUUGUAUUAGGCUAUUUUGUUACUUUUCAUGGAAGUGAUCAUGGGUAUGAGACAAUGCAACAUCUGAUGCAAAAUUGGAUCGUGGCUAAAUGAUUGAAUUCCUGGGUUGAAUUCAGAUAUCUUCAAUUCACAAAUCUAAGGGAGAAUGUUCAAGAUCCACAUGGAGAAAAUACACAAUGCCUUUAAUUGUAAUGCCAUAAAAACGGUCGUCUUUUUGGGGAACCAACCCAUAUCUUGGAAAAUAAUAUUUUUUGAAAGAGAAUGCUGCCUAUGGUUGUGUAAAGGAUUAUAUUUUUAUUUGCUUUUUUUUCUUGUGUGAUCGGCAAUGUUGUUGGGUGAUGAUUUUUUAAAUCCGUCGUAUCUUCUUUUGAUCCUGCCAUCAGGUGGACAUUUUCAGAGAUGCUGCAGUUCUUAUGGUGAAUUUCAUUGACCAAAUUCGUGAACAAGGUUUCACAAUUGAAUACUUAAACAUCGGAGGUGGUUUAGGGAUUGAUUAUCACCACACUGGUGCUGUCCUUCCCACGCCCAUGGACCUCAUCAACACCGUAAGUUCAAAUUUAGCCGUCAUUUUUUUAAUGCCCAUACUUCUUGUUGUUAUAUAAAUCGUGGGUACAGGAUUUUUUCAAUGUGUUAUUGACAUUUGGGAUUUUACUUUGGCAUUUCCCCCGGGGUUUACUUUCCUCAAUGUUUUCGAUCUUCUUUUAUGGCCAGUGAAGAAACUUUUUUUGUUUUCUGGGUAACUUAUUUAGAAAGCCAUAUGAAUUAUCUUAUCCUUGGAAUACUCGAGCAAAUAUUGGACAUGGUAAAAUUGAUCUCCAAACUAUGAUUUUGCAGAAAAUGUGCCCCCUGAUGUGCUCCAUGAACAUAUGCUAUGCAUGAGUUUUGACAAAUAUUUUAGAGCAAUGCAUUACACUUCGUGAUUUGUAUGUAUCUAUGUGUAAUAAAAAGGCACAGACAAAUAAUUUUGAGUCGCCAUGCAUGGUUGGAUGUAGACAUGGGUACGUCCUGGACCCUUGGAUUAUAUUUGACUUUUUGAUGACCAUAUUUUAGGUCAGGGAGCUGGUCGUCUCUCGAGAUGUGAGACUCAUCAUCGAGCCUGGGAGGUCACUCAUCGCCAACACUUGCUGCUUCGUCAACAGGGUCACUGGAGUUAAAACAAAUGGCACUAAGAAUUUCAUUGUGAUCGACGGCAGCAUGUCCGAGCUUAUAAGACCUAGUCUUUAUGGGGCAUACCAGGUAAGCCGCUAUGAAGCGAAUGCUCUCUAAGGGAAUGAAAUUACCCAAUUGGGCAUCUUGAAAGGUUAAUUUUUCCGACGUUUCACCUUUCACCCAUUUCCUUUUCUUGGAAAAAUGGCUCAAAAAGGGUGUUUGAGCUAAAAGAAUCACCCAUUUAUAAUAAUAUUACCGAUUGUUAAUCUUGACAUUUCCUGGUGCAGCACAUAGAGCUGGUCUCUCCCCCGCCACCUGAAGCUGAAGUCUCCACAUUUGAUGUGGUGGGCCCUGUCUGCGAGUCGGCAGACUUCCUAGGAAAAGACAGAGAGCUUCCCACACCAGCCAAGGUAGGAUCUUGCCACACUGCCCAGCUGUUUUACCCAGCUCUUCUUUUCUUUUCUUUUCUAUUUUCUGACAGAAGAUGCGACCUCUUCAGGGAGCUGGCUUGGUGGUUCAUGACGCUGGAGCUUACUGCAUGAGCAUGGCCUCUACUUAUAAUCUAAAGAUGCGGCCCCCAGAGUACUGGGUAUGAGGCAGCUGCUCCCCCAGAGUACUGAAUAUGGUGAAGGGAUUGCCCUAAUGCUGAUUGAUUUCUCUCACUUGGGAUCUACAGGUAGAUGCUGGGUCGGUGGUGAAGAUCAGGCAUGGUGAGACGUUUGAAGAUCAUAUCAAGCUCUUUGAGGACCUCUGA